CUCGUAUCGCAUAUACAGACGAGUCGGUUUAUUUGUUCAUCGGGUGUAUAGCGAUUGGCUCUCUAUAGCUCUCUUGACGAUGAGUGGUUUAGCGGGUGUAUCUCUGAAGGACAUUCUACCCGAGUUGGGUUCCAAUGACCUUGAGUCGCGGUCACGGUCGCUUGCAUUUCUUCAGCUCGCAGCACUACUUCAAACCGACAAAUCAGGCACAACAGCCUCUGAUCUGAAAGCAUACCUGCUCAACCUUCUGGAUGAGAAUAAAAAGAAAUCUCUUGUGUCUGCGUUUUUGAUCAUGACGUCGCUAUUCCACAUCGACACCGGACUAGCGAGUGAGAUUUUCAUCGAAGCGACGAGGUCGAAAGCUAGUCAAUUGUCAGGCAUGCAACUAGACGACUCUGCUUUGUCCGAGGGACUGCUUGAAAUGCUCUCCGCCGCCUGUGUUGAUAAGAAAUGCAGAUCCGAGGUCGAGAAGAACUACGCUACCGUGAUCUCGUCGGCUUUGGAGUCGCAAUCAGCUUCUCCGGCUGCGCAAGCUCUCGCGGCUUCUAUCCUGAUCAAGCUGACUGCGACUCCUAGGCCUCCGUCGACGAGCGGGAGUAACGAGGGAGAGGCUCAGCUGGAGGCUGAUAUCAACACACUCACUGAUUUGCUACGAGAUACAGUCAUAUCGUCAAAGGGAGCGAACAAGAGCUUUACUAUUGCGGCAGAAGGGCUGACGUACUCGAGUCUGAACGUCUCGGUCAAGCGGAAAUUGAUCAAGGACACCGCGUGUUUAAAAGUCCUCUUGCAGGCCUUGAAGGACAAGCAAUUGGCGACUACCCAACCCGCGGUGAUAUACGGAAUAUUACCCAUCUUUCAGAAUCUGACUGCGUAUCCCGAGCUGAUGACGAAGGAGAAGGAACAAGUCGCAAAGUUGAGAAGCUACGCGAAUAACGGCAAAGACGCGAAAGAAGACGAAGAAAAAACGGAAGACUUUACGAAAAGAUGCAAAGUGUUGCUAGAUUUAGGCAUCAUCUCGUCAUUGGCUGCCUGCGCGCCUUCAGCGUCGCCGAAUGCACAGAAAGCAAUUGGCGCUAUCAUGAAAAAUCUCGUUACCGAAAAAUCGCACAGAUCCCUCGUUGUGCAGCAGGGCGGUAUUUCUAUCCUGCUAGCCAUUCUCAAACCUCCAAAGACCGCUUCACAAAACAGUGGACUGGUUGGCAACUUCAAGAUCCAGAUCGACGAAAGUCCAAAUCUGGCGGCGGCGGUUGCCCUCGCGCGGCUGUUGAUUUCAGUCAAUCCCGCUCUGGCGUUUUCGACACGCAACUCUCCGACUGUUGCGGUUGGUCCUUUGCUGGGAUUAAUUGAUCUUACAUCGGACAAUCUCACACUGCUUGAUUCAUUCGAAGCGUUACUUGCUCUAACGAACCUUGCCUCAAUGGAGACGGGGUCAAUAGGGGAUGUCAUUACCACGCGAGGAUGGGACAAAAUCGAGGCGUGUCUGUUAUCCGAUAACAAGCUCAUUCAGCGAGCCUCAAGUGAGCUCCUGUGCAAUUUAUCAGGAUCCCCUGAGACUGCUGCGAAAUAUCUUGAUAAGGACGACAAGGCUCAUGUGAAUCGGAUACGGAUUUUAGUCGCCCUCGCGGACUCCGAAGACGACAAGACUCGACGCGGCGCGGCGGGCGCGCUAGCCAUUCUCACUCAGUGGGCACCAGCUGGCGAUGUGUUUUUGGAAAACGAGAAGAACUUAAAAGGAAUCCUUCAUAUUCUGAAAGACGAGGACCAGGAGGUUUUGAUCAGAGGCGCUGUUUGUGUGAAUAACCUGCUGUGCGGUGCUCAGGGAAAUGCUACAGUCGAGCCGGCAGCGAAGGUGAUUAAGAGUUUAGAUGGCCUACAGAUUAUCGAGGAGACGCUAAAGAGACCAGAUCUCGACGGGCAGGUUCGCGCCGCACUCGAAGACUCUCGAGAAAGGAUUCUUUCAGUCACUUAGCAGAGCCGUCGGCAGUGGCAAAAAUGUACAUAUUCUAGG